AUGUGCCAAAAGACCGAGCUUGUCAAUACCCUGAAAUACUUGGCUGCUUACCUCUUGCUUGUUUCUGCUGGAAAGACCGCUCCAGCUGCCGCUGAUGUCACUGCCGUCCUCGAAUCCGUUGGAAUCGAGGUCGAGUCCGACAAGUUGGACAAGUUGAUCUCCGAAUUGGAUGGUAAGAACAUCGACGAGCUGAUCGCCGAAGGUACCGAGAAGCUCUCUUCUGUUCCAACUGGAGGUGCCGGUGCUGCUGCUGGUGCCGCCUCUACUGGUGCCGCCGCUGAGGAGGCCGCCGUUGAGGAGGCUGUCGAGGAGAAGGAGGAGUCCGACGACGACAUGGGAUUCGGUCUGUUCGACUAA